AUGACAAUGAUUACUAACGCUGAGACGAGUUAUGGAACGGGUCCGCCCCGGUGGGACGAUGUCAGCCAGCAAGAUUCGGCGCCCGCCCACAAGGCCAAGGUCGUCCAAGCGUGGUGCAAGAGCGAACUCCCCGACUUCAUCUCGGCAGAAGAAUGGCCGGCAUCGUCACCGGAUUUGAACCCACUGGACUAUAACUUGUGGUCCUACCUUGAGAGCAAGGCCUGCGCCACUCCCCACCCCAAUUUGGAUUCUCUGAAGGCAGCGCUCAUCCGAGAAUGGGACGAAAUCGACGACGCACUCCUGCGUCCGGUCAUCGACGCCUUUCCCAAGCGACUCCGCGCUGUCGUCCGUGCCAAAGGUGGCCGAAUCGAGAAGUAA